AUGUCUGCCGAAUUCAAUUUUAUGAAUAUAUUUCCAACCUGUUCAGAUGAUUAUAAUAAUCAUGCAAGGAAUCGCUCAUUGGAAAAUAGUUCAGAACUUGUAAAUCCGUGUACAGCUAUUACAAUUUUAUCCAAUUUUCGCGAAAACAGGGAGAGUUUUAUGCCAAAGUGUACAGAACUUAUAAUAUAUUUAGACUAUAUAUAUAGUAAAGCAACCCCUUCUUAUACAACACGUUGUUGCAAAUAUUUCAACUAUAAACUAAAACAAAUACUAAAAUCAAAUGAACACUCUACCCAAAACACUAAUGUUGCUUACAGUUCUAUGAUUAGAAACACGGAUUCAGAAAUUUAUAAGAAGGUUCAGGAUAUAUGUAAAAAUCAUGUUGAUGAUCUUGAUGAAAGCACAUUUAAAAUAUUGGAAACACUGGAUAACCUAUAUGAUAUGUUAAAAAAGGAAAAUAAUAAAUGCACAUCUAAUAGUGAAUGUUAUGAGAAGUACAUGGAACUAUCAAGAAAGCAUAAUGGCGUAGAUAACCACAGCCUUUAUGAAUUGCUAAGUAAUUUUAAAAAAGAUUAUAUAGAAAAUAGAGAACAUAUAGAUAAGGGAAAUAUGAUACAAGUUACAUCAAAAGUAGAGACUCCCGUAGUUUCACAUCAUGCAUCUAGAAUUAAUCCACGCACUAUAAUUUUAGUCUUUUUUAUUAUUUUAUUAACUACAUUAAUGAUUACAUUCUUUCUUUAUAAGUAUACUUCAUAUGUAUCUUCUUUACAUCCGAUAACAAGUAUAAUAAAGAGAAUGUGGAAAAGAAAAAAUAAAAAGUAUAUAAAAUUAUUAAAUUCAUUUGAAAAUGAUAAUGAAGAAUUAAUUAAUAAAAGUUCUCAAAUACCAUACAACCCAUUACGAUACUUCUAA